GAAACCAAUAGAGAUCAUUCAUAGAAAAUUUCGGAACACAUGGUUAACUUAAGAGUGAGUAGCGUUGUUACAGGAAGCAACUGCAAAGAGGCUCUAAGUCACGUGAUCGUAACAUAGUGUGCUGAAGACAUGGCGGAUAAAGAGGAGACAGAAAGGACCAUCGCCGAAGACAUCGUUGUCACCAAGUAUAAAAUGGCCGGUGACAUCGUAAAUCGGGUAUUAAAACAAGUUUUAGAUAAAUGUGUUGCUGGAGCAUCUGUAAGAGAAAUUUGUGAGUUUGGAGAUAAAUUAAUAUUGGAUGAAACUAGUAAAGUUUUUAAGAAAGAAAAAGAAUUGAAGAAAGGAAUUGCUUUUCCUACAUGCAUAUCUGUUAAUAAUUGCAUAUGUCAUUUUUCACCAAUUGCAAGCGAACCAGAUCUUAUUCUUAAAGAUGAAGAUAUGGUAAAAGUAGAUCUUGGAGCACAUGUUGAUGGCUUUAUAGCAGUUGUAGCACAUACUAUUGUUAUAGGUUCUUCACCAACAAAAAAAGUUACUGGUAGAAAAGCAGAUGUAGUGUUAGCUGCACAUUUUGCAUCACAAGCUGCACUUAGGCUUUUACAGCCAGGUACAGAGACUUAUACAAUAACAGAGACAGUAGAAAAGAUUUGUGAUGUAUACAAAUGUAAACCAAUUGAAGGAAUGUUAAGCCAUCAAUUGAAACAAUUUAAAAUAGAUGGAGAAAAAACUAUCAUUCAAAAUCCAAAUGAUGCACAAAAAAAAGAACAUGAAAAAUAUACUCUUGAAGCAUAUGAGGUAUAUGCCAUGGAUGUGCUGGUUAGUACUGGCGAAGGAGUAGGUCGAGAACAAGAUACUCGAGUUACUAUAUUUAAAAAAACAGAGGAAACAUAUCAGCUGAAAUUAAAAGCAUCACGUAUGUUUUACUCUGAAGUCACUCAUAAACAUGGUCUUAUGCCAUUUAAUUUACGUACUUUUGAAGAUGAGAAGAAAGCAAAAAUGGCAGUUGUGGAAUGCGUAAAUCAUAGGUUGAUUGAACCAUUCCAAGUACUAUAUGAAAAACCAAAUGAAUUUGCUGCACAAUUUAAAUUUACAGUACUAUUAAUGCACAAUCGACAACAUAAAAUUACCGGAAUUCCUUUAGAUCUUGAUAUUUAUCAAUCAGAAUAUAUUGUCAAAGAUCCUGAAUUGAAGACACUUUUGUAUACCUCAGUUCAUCCGAGAACUACAAAAAGGAUGAGAAAGAAGGCCGAGAAAGCUGCAGGUGAAGUGACAAUGGAAGUUGAUGCUAAGGCCUAACACAACCAUUUUAACGUUCUUUAUAACGUAUUAACAUCGUGUACUUUACGUUAUUCUUGGUUGAACAGCUUCAGAGCAGAAAUUAGACACUUUUCAGCGUCACUGUACCUUAAAUAUUUUUCCUUUGAUUGGAAAGCCAUUGAUAAAUUGUGAUUCUUUAUAUCAUUAUAUAUUUACUAUACCCAUAUUAUUGUUUGUUUAAUUACAUAACUAUAUUUACAUUUCUUAAUUCAGGAAGUGUCCGUAUCUAUAUUAGUUUAAAAAAAGUGUCGAGUUCUGCCCUGAAUGAAUCGAACUUUACGACACUUAUUAUGCCACCACUUAUUGACACUUAUGUUUUUAUACUGGAGUAUCUUUUUCAUGGACCAUGGUAUUAUUAUACACUAAACAAUAAUUAUUCAUAAGUCAUUUUGCAGCUAAUGUAUUACAUUUCAAGCACAUGAAAUCUAUUUUGCAAAUAAUGGUCGAAAUAUAAUGACUUGUGCAACUUAAUUCGACCGAGCCAGAAAGUUAAUCGCACGUGCAUUCAUACUGUGUGUUUCUUUCGUAAAAGAAACCAAUAAAAUAUGAUUUUGAUUUUGUAAA